GCCUGCGAUCGAUCGGACAUCAGUCGCUGCCCAUCGGCUCUCAAGGCGUUUUUGGAAUUGGUAUCACCGCACCAAGUGGAUUAGUAGUCAGCAUGAAGGUCUUCGUUUGCAUGUGUGCUCUGUUCGCUGUGGCCAACGCUGGCUUCCUGGGUCUCCUCGGAGGAGGCGGUGGUGGCGGCGGCGGCGGCGGCGGUGGAGCUAGCCUGAAGGCGGGCAUCAGCCUGGGCGGCAAUGGAGGCGGAGGCAACGGAGGCGGUGGCUACGGGGGCGGUGGCCACGGAGGCUACGGCGGCCAUGGACCCAGUGGUCCCGUCCAGGUGGUCAAGGUGAUCCACCAGCAGGGCGGCAGCGGCGGCGUCGGCUACUCCUCCGGCGCCUCCUAUGGCGGCGGCUACUCCUACGAGGCUGCUCCCCAGGUCUUCAAGGUGAAGGUCAUCUCUGGCGGCAGCAGCGGCGGUGGCUACGGACCCGCCCCCGGCCCCGUCUACCUCCCACCCGCUGGCCCCGCCCCCGCCCCCGUCAAGGUCAUCAAGAUCCUGCAGGAGUCCGCCCCCAUUGUGAGCGCCCCGCUGGUCGAGAGCGCCCCCCAGAUCGUCAAGGUGGUGAAUGUGGGCUCCGGACACGUGGCUGGACCCUCCUUCAUCGGCGGCGGCUCCUCCUCUGGCGCCGUCUCCCAGGUCAUCAAGGUCGUCCACGAGGGCCACGACAGCGGCAUCUCUGCGGGAGGCUACUCUGCGGGUGGCUACUCUGCCGGAGGCUACUCCUCGGGCGGUGCCACCAAGGUGGUGCGUGUGAUCCAUGAGCACUCCGCCGCCGGUCCAGCCUAUGGCCCUGCCCCUGCCCCCAUCGACGUGCCCGCUCCUGUGGCUUCUUACCUGCCUCCCCAGGAAAUCGCUGCCCCGGCUCCAGCUCCAGUAUAUGCUGCUCCCGCCCCAGUGUACUCCGCCCCUGCUCCCGCUCCAGUUUAUGCUGCCCCUGCUCCUGCUCCCGUGUACUCUGCACCUGCUCCUGCGCCAGUUUACUCUGCUCCUGCUCCUGCUCCCGUGUACUCCGCUCCUGCUCCUGCUCCCGUGUACUCCGCACCUGCUCCCGCUCCCGUGUACUCCGCACCUGCUCCCGCUCCCGUGUACUCCGCACCUGCACCUGCUCCAGUCUAUGCCGCCCCAGCGCCGGCUCCCGCCCCCGUCCUGAGCGUGCCCCAUCCCGCCCCAGCACCCCUCUUCGCGCCCGAGGAGCAGUCCCUGCCCGUCGGCCACGCCCCCGCCCAGACCUACGGCCCACCGGCGUACUAGACAAGCCCAAGAGCCACCAUCCGCGCGGAGGACCUUCCUGCCAACUGCAUCGAGAGCAUAUUACCAUUCCUGCACAACGCCAUGAGUUAAUUUAAGACAUUUUUUUUACCACACAUUUUUUUGUUAGAAAAUACAUAGACAAUUCCAAAAAGAA